UACAUGUUCAUUUCCGGUUCAUAUAUAAACAAGUUGGCGGUAAAGAUGGAGCCUGCAGAGAGCCGACUGUUACCCGCGGAUGAAAGCAAAGAGGAGUUCCGAGUCCAAGUGACGUCCAAGAGACAAGUAGCGGGACAGAUAGACAAAUACAAGGACAUUUUGAAGACAGCUCUGGACGGACAGCCGGACGUUUCCCAGGAGACGAAGCGCGUUUUACUGCAGGAGCUGCUGACAAACUUCGAGGGCGCCGUCCAGGACAACGUGCUGGUGAACGGACAGCCGUGGGAGGAGGCGCCCGAUGUGGAAGCGGAGGACGAGGCGAUGGAUCUGGAGAGCCUGCUGGACGACACCAUAGUCGAGGCCGCCGGGCGGCGUCGCGCCUACCCGAAGAAGAUCCUGCCUCACGUGGUGCACUCGCUCAGGGCGGAGCGGAGCCUCAUGGGUCUGUACGAGCAGGCGGUCAAACCUCAAGAGGUGGUCAGAGAUCCUGGUCAAGAGAGCUUCAUGAAGGAUUUGUCAGCUGAAGCUCCUGUAGUGGUGAAACAGGCCAUCCAGGCCAUAAAGGCGAUCACCACGCUGCAGAAACAAGCCGAAGGCCUCCGUGAGAUCCUGGACAUGAAGCCCAGUCGCGGCACCCUGGAGAUCCACCGAGAGGUGUUCGGCUGCGACGGCCAACCGGGCGGAGCCGCGCGGAGCGGGCGUCCAAUCAAGAGAGCCGUGGAGGAGGCCGCGGCCGCGGAGGGCUACGUGCCCCUCAGAAAGAAACCCGAGUGACACUUCCUGCUUCCACCGCCGCUCGCCAAGCCGCGGGGGGGCGUCAUGGACACAUACGUGUGUGUUCUUCUUUACACAACAGAAAGCAGCGGUGAAAAAUAACUCUUCUUUUUGGACACCAGGAAAGAUUUGUGCAGUCAAAGGAUCCGCCCCGUCUCCCAUUUGGACAUAAAUACAUUAAUGGAGACGUCACUGCGACUUCACAUAAAAUGUCCCCGAGCACAUCGGCCCAAAAUUAUCAACAACGUCUUCAUUUUAACAUUUCUCUGCCACUGAAAUAAUCAACUGUAUUAGUGAGAAAAGAUGAAGUCAAGUUUGGACUAAACUGCAUCAGCUGAGAUAAUAAAGAGUCUUAUUAUCCUGUUCGUAUUGUUGAAGAUGAACUACUGUUGGAACCUACGUGCAUGACGUUUUCUGCUCUGAUGUCGUAUAAAUAAGAUCUGAACUAAA